CACAUAAAACAAAUCCCGAUAAUUCCUCUUUCUGUAGCCAUUUUACGUCUGAAUCCAACGAGAACAACAAGAAUAAAUCGAAUGCACUUACUUCCUUUUUCAAUGACAUUUUAAGUAGUAAACCUCGCGUUCCAGACUUUAAACGCGACGAUUAUUUGUGUUUCAGCAUAGUUACCCUAAGUGACGGUAGCGCUACUUAUCUCGGGUUUCUUGGUAACUGGUUUGUCUUAAGUCAGGUUAUUUUAGUUAAAAAUAAAAAAACUGCUAGAGGGUGGUUUUCGGGUGGCGGUGGUAGUAGUAGUAAUAGCAGCAGCAAGGGAGAAGAGCUUGAAAUGCAAAAGUUGGAAAAUUUGGCCAUUAAUGAAAAGGAUCAAGCUAUAAAAGCAAAAGGAGCGUGUAAUUACGAAUCUGCUGCAAAAUAUUACUUGUCAGCCGCGAAACGAUUUCAAAGUAUUGGCGGUGAUUAUAAUCAGAUCGAGGCUGCUGGCUGUUAUGAAAAUGCUUAUUUAGCUUUUCAACAGACCAAACAAACUGCUAAAGCUCUUCAAGCGUUAGAGACUGCUGCUUCUAUAUACGAAGUUCAUGAUAAACGUGCAAAUCGUGCUGCUCGUGUGUACGAGCAAUUGGCGGAACUAUAUAAAAAUAAAAAAAGUGAUCAGUUUGAUUUGGAAAAAGCCCUCAUGAUGCAUCAAAAAGCAGCGGAAUUAUUUGAAAGGGAAGAUGAUGGUCGGCAUCUUUUCUCAUUAAUUUCUCAAACCGAAUUGGCGGCUGAGCUGGGUCGAUACGAAGAAGCUAUUAAAAUCUUAGAAAAUGUGACUGCCACUGCGGCUAACGAUCGAGUUUUAAGUUUUAAAUAUGAAGAGCUUUGUCAACUUUAUCCUUCUUUCGCGGAUAGUAGAGAAUCUAAAUUAAUUAAGAAAUUAAUUGAAUCAAAGAACGCCUAUGACACAUCAGCUUUUGCAACCGCAUGUCAAGAGUAUGAUGCAUUGACUCCUUUCCCACCGUGGCAGAUUGAGAUCUUAUUACAAACUAAGAAAAGUUUAGAGGUUGAGGAUUUUCGUUGA